AUGCUUGACCUUGAAAGGAUAGUGGAGAACGUUGAACUAUUGAACCAAGUGGAGCCAAAUGAAUUGAAUGAACCAAAAUAUGAUGAGCCAUCAACUAAGUCUGAACCAGAAACUGACUCAACAAAUGCCACAGAACAAGCAGAAAUUGAAAAGGACACAAACAGCCUUGAGCCGAGGGUGGACCCAAGUGCUACUGAACCAUUGGAGACAAGUUUUAAUCCUGAGUUGACAAUUCUAAUGCCAGUUUCUUCAAACACUAUGAAGAAACCAGAAUUUUCAAUUAUGAUGGAUAUGUGGAAAUUCAUACACAAACAACAACAAGUUUACUGUGUGAAAGAAGUGAAGCUUUUGAAGACAUGGUCAUCCCUUUUUGGUUUAAGGCCAGUAUGGGUGUUGAAGCUCAAAUGUAUUGAAUACGAAUCAAUAGAUGAAGAUCUAUCCAGCAAGAGUGCUUUGCUUCUUCAACUGAAUCCCAUCUACAAGAAAAUUCCAGUGCUUGUUCACAAUGGAAAACCCAUCUCAGAAUCAGUUGUCAUUCUAGAAUACAUAAAUCAAACAUGGACCCAAAAUCCCAUAAUGCCCCAACAUUCUUUGGAGAAAGCCAGGCAACAAUUUUGGGCCAAAUUUAAUGAUGAAAAGCUUUUACCAUCAAUAUGGAGUGUUUUCACCAAAGAAGGAAAAGAAAGAGAGGAAGCCAUGGAAGAAUUAGUGGAGAACUUGAAAUUAGCAGAAGAAGAGCUGCAGGGAAAAAGAUUCUUCAGGGGAGAUAAGAUAGGAGUGGCAGAUCUUGCUUUUGGUUGGCUUGCCAACUUGAUGAGUGUUUUCGAACAAGUGAUUGGUUUCAAAGUAAUUGAUGGCAGAUUUCUAUUGUUAUCUUCCUGGAUCCAACAUUUUUUAGAAAUCCCAACAAUCAAAGAUAAUUGGCCAUCUCACCACAAGCUUAUCCUCAAGUACCAAGCACUUUAUGAAAAUUUCCAUCCCCUUAAGUGA